AGCCUGGCGCCCUGCGCAGACCCCCGCCCCGCGGGACCACAGCGCCGCCACGUGGGCACCGGGCGCAGGGCAAGCGGCGGCGCCCCGGGCUGUGACGGGCGCUGACCGGACAGUCGCGGCCGGCGCCCAGCGCAGGCGGCCGGGUCACCAUGAGCUGCUGGGGCUGGUGCGGGAGGCCCGGCUCCAGGGGCGCAGGCGGAGCCGCGUCCCACGCGUGGGGCUACGGCCCCGAGGACGGCCCGGAGCGCUGGCAUGAGCACUUCCCGCUGGCCCGGGGGCGGCGGCAGUCCCCCGUGGACAUCCGGGCCCAGGACACCCGCUACGACGCCGCCCUGCGGCCGCUGCAGUUCAGCUACGAGGCGGCCGCGGCGCAGAGCCUCGCCAACAGCGGGCACACGGUGCAGGUGCAGUUCGCGGAGGGCGCGGCGCUGGCCGGGGGGCCCCUGGCGGGCCCCUACCGCCUGGCCCAGCUCCACCUGCACUGGGGCUCGGGGCCGGAGCAGGGCUCGGAGCACACGCUGGAGGGGCGCCGCUUCCCGGCCGAGCUGCACGUGGUGCACUGGCGGGCCCGCUACGCGCAGCUGAGCGAGGCGCUGAGCCGCCCCGACGGGCUGGCCGUGGUGGCCGUGUUGCUGCGCCUGGGCCCGCCCUGCCCGGCCCUGCAGCCGCUGCUGGGGGCGCUGGGCUCCGUGCGCACCCGGGGCACCCAGGCGCCCUGCCCCGCCUUCCAGCCGCGGGAGCUGCUGCCCGCCGGCGGCGACUUCUGGACGUACCCGGGCUCGCUGACCACCCCGCCGCUGCUGGAGAGCGUCACCUGGCUGGUGCUGCGGGAGCCCGUGGCCAUCGGCGCCGAGCAGCUGGGCGCCCUGCGCGGCCUCCUGAGCAGCGCGGCCGGCGAGCCGCCCUGCCCGCUGCAGGACAACUGGCGGCCGUGCCAGCCGCUGCACGGCCGGGAGCUGCGGGCCAACUUCCGCUGA